CAACAGGAGCUACUGGAUCAACAGGUGCAACAGGAGCCACUGGAUCCACUGGUGCAACAGGAGCCACUGGAUCAACUGGUGCAACAGGAACCACUGGAUCAACUGGUCCAACAGGUGCUACGGGACCAACUGGUAUAACAGGGCCGAUUGGUGCAACUGGAUCAAUAGGUGCUACAGGAUCGACUGGUACAACAGGUCCAACUGGUGCAACUGGUCCAGUCGGUGCUACUGGAAUAACAGGAAAUGUUGGUGCGACUGGACCAAGCGGAAUGGGUAUUAUUCUAUUAGAUGAAUGCGUGAAUACUACCUGUCAACAUUACUGUGUGGACACGUUUUUGGGUUACAACUGCGCUUGCUAUUCUGGGUAUACUCUGGCAAAUGACAAUGAAACUUGUGAAGAUAUAGACGAAUGUGAGCUAAAGAAUGGCGGAUGUGAACAACAAUGUAACAACACCAUAGGGUCAUUCAACUGCAGCUGUACUGAUGGGUUUAGUUUGUCACAAAAUAUGUUGAGUUGCAAUGAUAUCGACGAGUGUGCGCUUGGAACCCAUAAUUGUACGGUCUCACUUGUGUGUGUCAACACAUAUGGAGGAUAUAGCUGUGUUGGGAAUGCAGUAGUUGGUGCAACUGGUCCAUCUGGUGGAGUAAUGGGGGCUACUGGUCUAAGUGGAUCAACUGGCAUCCAGGGAUUAAUUGGCUCAACUGGAAGUAUUGGAGCAACCGGACCUGCUGGGGCAACUGGACUAACUGGGGCAACUGGACCAAGUGGUCUGGAUGGUUUUGGGGCAACUGGACCAGCUGGUGCUACAGGCCUAACUGGAAUCAGAGGAGCUACAGGUCCAACAGGCAUUGGGGCAACGGGAGAAGCAGGUGAACCUGGUGACUUUGGACCACUCGGGGCCACUGGACCGGCUGGAUCAACUGGACCAUCUGGAUCGACCGGACCCAGCGGAUUAUCAGUUAUUGGAGCUACCGGACCAGCGGGCGCCACGGGAAUUUCCGGAAUUGGUGCAACUGGUCCCACGGGUCUGCAAGGACCACCGGGCCCUCCAGGACCACCGGGAACUGAAUCUAAAUCAAGUUCAUUUGGAAUUAAAACUCUCAUUGGCAAAGAUGAGUGUGCAAUGAAAUAUGACAACUGUGAGCAGCUGUGCGUAAACACAUUACAAGGAUACUACUGUGACUGUUAUCCUGGCUUUAUUUUGUCAGAAGACAACACCACUUGCAGAGAUGUAAAUGAAUGCAAUGAAAAUAAUGGUGGAUGUGAGCAGCAUUGUAAAAACAGCGUUGGGUCUUAUGUAUGCAGUUGCAAGAAAGGAAAAUAUACUCUCUCAAAAAAUAUGCUGACCUGUGACGAUGUAAAUGAAUGUUCAUUGAACGCAGACAAAUGUGUCUAUCCGACCACGUGCAUCAACACAUUUGGAGGAUAUCACUGCUUAUACUCCAUGAUAUAUGACACAAGUAAAAAAGGAGUAAUGGGCUAUGACAAUAUCAACUCACCUGAACCUCAAAAACUUAUGAAGCAGAUCGAUGACAUGUACAGAGAAACUGAUGAGAGGUUGACUGAUGUGGAUAACAAAUUACUCAACGUGGAUGACAAAUUACUCAACGUGGAUGACAAAUUCAUCAAUAUGGAUGACAAAUUCGAAGGAUCCAAAACCACAGACCUGACUCUUGUGGUGUGGGUUGUUAUAACAACACUCGCUGUAGCGAUCAUAUCCUGUGUAGCAGUGAAGCAAUAUAGAAGAGUGAAGCAAAUGAAACAAGAUAUGACAUCACAGAUGUCAAAUAUUACAUCAGAAAUGACCAACAUGACAACAAAGAUGUCCAGUGUAGAGAGUGCAGUUGGUCUCAACUCCACCUCGGGACGGUCAAGACAAUCGUCUGAUGGGGAUGCUCUAGAGCCUAACUUCCUAUGUGAUAAAAAGUCUGAACGCAGUGAUGUAACCAGCGAUGCACUGACGGAAAGUGACGUCAGCGAGCCAUUCCCAAUCGGAAGCGAAUUAGACAUGUACGACAUUGAAUGUGGAGACAUGAGCAUUCAGUCAAUUACUACAGAUGGGAAUAACAAUAUUGAAACGAUGAAUGUCAGCUCUGAACUGUCUCGCAGUAAUGAAGACUGUGACAUCGAAAAACUUAGUCCAAUUUCUAUAUUCAAAGCCAACGAUCACGUGAAUCACCAAGAUCAAGAUUCCCCUAAAAGAGUAUCGCAAACCAUCGUUGAAACAGAAGGAGAGCUGCCAACAAACUUGUCAAAUGUGAUAGAAAUUACCUCGGCUAACACACUAGUUACAUUGACACCAAGCUCAACGCCGAUUCACAAUCGGAGAAAACAGAUGGACGAAGAACAUCCGCGUACAGAAUUGGAUCAAUCGAAAAAGAAAUCGUUUUUAAUUGUUGCAAAUAGUUCUGAAUGUUUCUAAAGCAUCAGUGCUUUGGUUAACUGUUAAUAUGAAAAUAUACAAAAAUCGCGUGAGUGUUGUUAUACUAGAGAAAGUUUGUGUUGAUUAGUACAGUUAUUGUUAGCCUUUUAUGUAAUUGUAAAUGAAGUCUAAUGAAUGUUAAUAUAUUUUUGAAAUAGUCUGUUGUAUAUUGUUAUGCAGUCCAAGGGCACGGUUUCUUAAAUGUUAAAUUAGUAAUUGAUCAGGGAAAUAGUUGAACAGUAUUGACGUUCGUUGGACUAUGUUGCAGACUAAAAUGAAGUUAUAAGAUUAGUUAGUCAAUCACACAGACCAAAUCAUGGCAAUUUAAGAUCAAUGUAUGAGCCCGGCCAUAGGCUAUUUGCAUUUCAUGGACUGUGUAACCGACUAGACCUCCUUGCUCCUAAAAAGAUUGUAAUUUCAGGGAGGCUAAUUUUGGCCUCCAAAGUCAGGUAUUUUGGGAAAUUGUGCUUUGGACUGUUGUUUUUUGCCAAUUGUAAAUACAAUCAAAAUUCUAUGCGUUAUUUAAUGUUAUCCAUUGAUAUGUAAUUUGUAAUGUUAUUGAAGCACAUAGUUUCGAUGCAAUUUCUGAAGUAUUAGUCUUGUAUUAAGCUUCUUGGUCUCUCACCUAUUAUUUCAUGCUCUACCCUUAAGUAGGCGUGUGUAUUAAUAGGGCAAGGGUGGAUCACAAGGACAUGAUGCAAGAGUACCGGAAAAUGAAUAGUGCUUUUGCAGAAGUGCUUAAACCAACUCUGUUUCCACAUCGUUAAAUAAUGGUCUGUAUUUGUGUAUAAUAGAUCACAGUAAAGUUGUUAAUAUAUAUCCGUUUUUAACUUAAGAAUUAUCUGUUGUAUCAUAGACUAGAGUUCUAUAUUUAAGAAAGAUAUAAUUGUUGUUCAUUUUUGUUCAUUGUAAUUCUUACUGUACCACUGUUUACUACAAACAUCUAUUUUUACAAAACAUUAUAUGAGAUUCCGCUGUGAAAUUAUAAAUUAUAUGCGAUCUAUUGGGGAAUCUUAAACUAGAUAAUGUUUUAAGACAUUAUUUUGUUCAUUAAAUUAAACCAUCUUUACAUCAAUUACGUGUCAUUUAUCGGAAGUCUUCAAAUAAUUUGUUAAUUUUAUAUUAUUUUACUAUUGUUUCUAUGUUGUCACAAAAUAUAUUUCUACCAAACAUAUAGUUAAACACGUUGUUAAAACAUCAAUUACAUGUUAUCAAUUGGGAAACCUCACAUGAUAUAUUUGUACAUUAUAUAUUUUAUUUACUGUU